AUUAAUUUUUUCUUUUCUUUCUUAAUUGUGUUCAUGCGUUUGCGAAUGCCUAAAUACUCAAUUGCGGUAGUCUUUAUUUGUUAUUCGAUUUCGAAUUUAACGGUUCUAUAUUCAUGCCCCUCUGAACUUAUUCACGCGUUCUUUUGUUUAUUAUUCUACAUUUGUCCCUUCGUAUGCGUGACUGAGCCGUUGUUGCUCCAUUCCUUACGGUUUGGUAAGCAUUGGUUCGCGACUGUAUAUGUCCUUCUGACCUUAUUUACGCGUCAAAGCGUCAAGGCCGUCAAGUCAGUUUCAGUUGUCAGCUGUGUGCGGUGCUGUGCGGUUGAUCUUGCAAUCAUUUGAUCUUCGUUAGGACAAUGCGCUUUUAACAAGACGAAUUUGGAGUUUAUUUAAAUUCUUAAGGAGGCAAUCUGAUGCCACUUAUUGAAAAGAAAAAGAAGCAGAAAAAGACACUGUAUGUAGGAUGUAGGGUGUAAUAUUGCGCUCGGUCUGAGUAUCUUGCGUGCGAGGUUGCGUGCAACAGAGGUUGACAAAAGUGAUUGAGUAAAGUGGUCCUAAAGGGAACAUCUAUAUCAAAGAAGAAGAAAAAAGGAAGCCUUAUUAAUUAACCAAAAUUUUGAAUUACGAUAUCUCCAUAUAAUAUGAGUCCGCCAAAGCGCUUCAAAAAGGAUAACAGUAAAUGGAAGAAGCGUAAGGACGAUUACGACGAGUACAACGAUGAUGAUUCGAUAGACAGCAACGAAGCGGAUGGUGUUCCCGAUGCAGCAAAAAAUGAUGUAGAAAAACAAGAUGAGUGCGCGAUCGAGGAUGAAUUUGGAGCGAAAGAUUAUCGCUCGCAAAUGAUUUUAAAGCCAGAUCAUUUAUCUAGACCAUUAUGGGUGGCGCCAAACGGACAUAUUUUUUUGGAAUCCUUUUCUCCUGUAUAUAAACACGCUCAUGAUUUUUUAAUAGCUAUAUCAGAACCUGUAUGCCGGCCAGAACAUAUUCACGAGUAUAAAUUGACUGCAUAUUCACUUUACGCUGCAGUUAGCGUGGGCCUACAGACGCAAGAUAUAAUAGAGUAUUUAAAGAGAUUGAGUAAGACUAGUAUUCCUGAUGGUAUAAUCGAGUUUAUCAAACUGUGUACAUUGUCCUAUGGAAAAGUUAAACUCGUCUUAAAACAUAACAAAUAUUUUAUCGAAUCGCCAUUUCCUGAAGUGCUGCAAAGAUUAUUGAAGGACCCAGUGAUUCAAGAGUGUCGAUUGAGAAAACUUGUGGAAGAUACAGAAACUGAUGGCAUUCAAACGAAUAUUCAAACUAAAAUAAAAGUCCCUCAGUUUGGAUCAAAAGCACUCGUAAAUACGCCUAUGCCUAGUAAGACAGAUUCAGAGACUGAAUCUGAUCAGAUAUUGACAGAGACGGCUGUCAUUCCAGAAGAUAUAACUGCUUUUUACGACAAGAUCGAUAAGGAGGAUGAAGACGAGGAAGAAGAUCAAGAAUUGAAAACAGUUAGUUUUGAAGUGAAUCAGGAAAAAAUUGAAGUGAUACAAAAACGAUGCAUCGAACUGGAACAUCCUUUAUUGGCGGAAUAUGAUUUUCGCAAUGAUAGCGUAAAUCCUGAUAUAAAUAUUGACUUGAAGGCGUCAGCUGUAUUAAGACCUUAUCAAGAAAAAAGCUUGCGGAAAAUGUUUGGCAAUGGACGGGCUAGAUCCGGGGUAAUAGUCUUACCCUGCGGUGCUGGCAAAAGUUUAGUUGGAGUUACAGCUUGCUGUACAGUACAUAAACGCGCUCUAGUACUAUGUAACUCCGGUGUAUCUGUGGAACAAUGGAAGCAACAAUUUAAAAUGUGGUCUACUGCCGACGAUUCAAUGAUUUGUCGCUUUACUAGCGAGGCGAAAGAUAAGCCUAUGGGUUGUGGAAUAUUGAUAACCACGUAUUCUAUGAUUACGCAUACGCAAAAGAGGUCGUGGGAAGCUGAGCAAACGAUGCGUUGGCUUCAAGAACAGGAAUGGGGUAUUAUGGUCUUGGACGAGGUACAUACCAUUCCUGCGAAAAUGUUCCGUAGAGUAUUAACGAUCGUUCAGUCACAUUGUAAGUUGGGUUUAACGGCUACGCUCUUGCGAGAGGACGACAAAAUUGCCGAUCUGAAUUUUUUGAUUGGCCCGAAAUUAUACGAGGCUAACUGGUUAGAAUUGGAAAAAAGAGGAUAUAUCGCAAAAGUACAAUGUGCGGAAGUUUGGUGUCCUAUGACAUCCGAAUUUUACAGAGAAUAUCUCGCUUGCAAGAUGAACAGAAAACUGUUGCUGUACGUGAUGAAUCCAAAUAAAUUUCGUUGUUGCCAAUAUUUAAUUCGAUAUCACGAGAGGCGUGGCGAUAAAACGAUCGUCUUCUCCGAUAACGUGUUUGCAUUGAAACACUACGCUAUUAAAAUGAAUAAGCCAUAUAUUUAUGGCCCUACUAGUCAGAGCGAAAGGAUACAGAUCUUGCAAAAUUUUAAGUUUAACAUGAAAGUGAAUACGAUAUUUGUCAGCAAAGUAGCAGAUACUUCCUUUGAUUUACCAGAAGCUAAUGUCUUGAUUCAAAUUUCAUCCCAUGGUGGAUCUAGAAGGCAAGAAGCACAACGAUUAGGGCGUAUUCUUAGGGCUAAAAAAGGUGCAAUUGCGGAGGAAUAUAACGCAUUCUUUUAUACGCUCGUAUCGCAAGAUACGAUGGAAAUGAAUUACUCGAGAAAGCGUCAACGGUUCCUUGUGAAUCAAGGUUACGCCUACAAAGUUAUCACGAAACUUGCAGGCAUGGACGAGGAGCCAGAUCUAAUGUAUGGAAAUCGAGAGGAACAGGGUCAAUUGUUGCAGCAAGUGUUAACAGCCAGCGACACGGAUGCCGAAGAAGAAAGAAUACCUGGCGAAGGACCAAGACCGAUUGUACGUAAAGCUGGCACGAUGGUAUCAAUGUCUGGAGCGGAUGAUGCCGUUUAUUACGAGUACAAGAAAGCUCCUGGCUCAUCGACGGCAAAUAAGCAUCCUCUCUUUAAAAAGUUCAGAACAUAAAUUGCACGAUUUUUUUCUUAACAUUUUCUUAACGUCGCGAAUUGAUAAGUGAUAAAUAAUAAACAAUUAUAUGGAAUAUUAAUAUUUAUAGUUAUUGCGCGUUGUAUGAAUGUAUGUGUACGUGUGUGUCCGUUGGUGUGUGUCCGUUGAUGAAUAAUGUACGAUAUGUACGAGGAUCUCGAAAGAAUAGUAGAAGGUAGAGCCAGAAGCGUCGCGAUCUUAUAGAAAACAAUUAUUAUAAUUUUCUAUACAGUUUCCAUAUCAAUAAGCAAAAUAUGCGGAAAGCCGCGUCCAUAAUGUACGAACAAGCUAUGCGUUUAAGUCAAGAACCUCACUCCACGCCGAUUAGGGAUGGUUUUUUCUAAAAGAAAUUUAAGAAAGUACGGAAUAAUGAAUUAAUAGUUGCACGCGCUGUUAAAAAAGUUGGUAUGAGUGUGUAUAAGGUAUUAUAUUGUAAACUAAGUCUAUUUCUUGGCUUUUUGUAGCUGAAAUUAAAUAAAUCUAUCUAAUAAAUAAACAAUUUUAUUACU